AUGGGGAGUGGUGGCGGCGCCGCCGGCAGCAUCUCUGACGUCAGUAACGACAUCUUCGUCUUCGAAGUCUUUGGGCGGCGCGUCUCUGCCACAGUCACCCGGCGGCAAAAAUCCGUGCGCCGGUGGAUCCACCAAGUCCUCCACAUCCAUCGGAACUGCUACCGUCGCGGCGAUCUCGUGGCCGGCCUCGGUGUGCAAUGGCGGUCCGAUCCCUGGAACGCGGGGAGGGAGCCCGUUGCCACCAUCCAGAUCUGCGUCGACCGCCGCUGCCUCGUCUUCCAGGUUGCGUAUUUACUGCCAAAUACUCUUCUCUUCUCUUCUCAAGAACCGAUCCGAUUCCUCUCGUGAGAAACCUCGAGCUCGAUUUGCGAUCGUCUUCUUCCAUAGAUUCCAUCUUGUUCUUGCCGCAUUAGGUUCACAUCAACAUUAUCAUGUAGCGAUCUCUCUUUAGAGAAGAAGCACGAAAGCUUCUUGAUCCAUGGAUAUGGGAUUGUUCUGACCGAAAUAGGGUUUCUGAGUCCUAAUUUCUGUCUCGGGAGGAAUCAGAUCAGCCGCGCAGGGAAGGCACCGAGGGCUCUGGAGAGGUUCCUGGCAGACCCCUCCGUGACCUUCGUUAACGUGGGUAUCGCCGCCUUCCAGAGGAGGCUCCAGGAGCACUGGGAAUUGAGCGUGAUCAGAGCUGUCGAUCUGCGGUGGCGUGCUUCGAUCGGGAGGGCCUCCUUGCAGCAGAUGGCGUCUAACUUUCUCGGCUGGGACACGCGCCUGGAGGACCUGAAGCCGCCGGGGGUGGGGCUGAGCGACUGGGAAGCCGAGUCGCUCGACGAGGGGCAGAUCAGGUACGCGUGCUUGCAUGCUUACACCUCCUUCCUCCUGGAAAAGAGAUUCCGGGAGCUCUGUGGCUCUUCUUAG